UGUUGAUAUUAAAGAACUUUGCAUUUGUGGCAUAGUUGCGUGCCUUCAUAUCUAGCAUGUAUAUAUCGUAUAUGAAAUCAAAUUUACGAGAAAUAUAAUAAAUGAAUUAUUAAUGAAGUGUUCUUGGAAAUCCAGGCAUGCACAUAUGGCACAUCAGAUAAGUGUCGUGCAGAAUAUGUAAUGAUAUUUUCGUGAAGAUAAUAGCAUGUAUUAGUGAAAGACAGCGAAAACUAGAGUUAAGAAUUUAAGAACUGCUUUGCGGAAAGUUUCUGAUAAACAUUUUACAUCCAUUCAGGAUAUGAACAUUAUCGUGAGGUAUGUAGGAAGUUACAUAAUACCAAGACUGUCAGUUAUGUAAUAUAGUGUAUGUACAUAGGAGAUAUGUAACUAAUCUUUUGGGAAAAAGAAACCAAAUUUGUCUGAAGUAUGUAAAAAGUCAUUUGGUCUAAAGUGUAAUUUAAUUCUGUGUAUGCUCAUUCACACAGGAGAAAAACCUCAUAUGUGUGAAAUACGUAAGAAGAAAUUUUGUCAAAAGGAUCAUUUAAGCAGGCACAAGCUUAUUCACACAGGAGAGAAACCUUAUCUGUGCGAAGUAUGUGAAACAUCAUUUAGUCAAAAGUGUAGUUUAUUUACAUGGGAGAGAACACCUAUAUGUGUGAAGUUUGUAAACUCAAUCAAUCUUAGCUCAAUUUGUUUAUUCGCACAGGAUAUUAACCUUAUAUGUGUGAAGUAUAUAAGAUGUUACUUACUCAAAGGAAAACCUUAAAUAUGCAUACGCUUAUUCACACAGAAGAGAAACCUCAUAUGUGCGAAGUAUGUAACACAUCAUUUAGUCGAAAACAAAGUUUAGACAGGCAUAUGCUUAUUCACACAGGUGAGAAACCUUAUAUAUGUGAAGUAUGUGAAAAAUCGUUUAUUCAUAAAUUUAAUUUAAAGAAGCAUAUUCUUAUUCACAGAGAGAAACCUUAUAUGUGUGAAGUAUGUAAAAAGUCAUUUGAUCUUAAGGAUAGUUUAAAGGAGCAUAUGCUUAUUCAUACUAAAGAGAAACCUUAUAUGUGUGAAAUAUGUAAGAAAUCAUUUUAUCAUAAGGAAAACUUAAGAAGGCACAUGCUUAUUCACUCAGGAGCAAAACCUCAUGUGUGCGAAUUAUGCAAGACAUCAUUUAGACAGAAGUGUAUUUUAAACAGGCACAUGCUUAUUCACACUGGAGAGAAACUCCAUACGUGUGAAGUAUGUAAAAAGUCAUUUAAUCUUAAGAGUAAUUUAAAAGAGCAUAUGUUAAUUCACACAGGAGAGAAACCUUAUGCAUGUGAAGUAUGCAAGAAGUUAUUUAAUCACAAGAAAAGCUUAAAUGUGCAUAUGCUUAUUCACACAGGAAAGAAACCUCAUAUGUGCGAAGUAUGUAAGGCAUCAUUUAGUCAGAAAUGUAGUUUAAACAGGCAUCUGCUUAUUCACACAGGUGAGAAACCUUUUGUGUGUGAAGUAUGCGAAAAGUCAUUUCUUCAUAAAUUUAAUUUAAAGAAGCAUAGUCUUAUUCACACAUGAAAGUAACCUGAGUAUGUAUAAAGUAUGUAAGACAUUUUGUUUAUAAACUUAGUUUAAACAAAUGUAUUCAUUUUCAUACAGCAGAGCAAGCAUGUAUAUGAUAUAUUUGGAAAGUCGUUUGAAUUAAACAUGCAUAGGAACGUAAAACAAAUCUCAUGAGUUACGGGUGUAAAAAAAAAUCAUUUGGACCGAAAAAUUUAGAGAAACCUAUUUGUGUACACAGAGGAGAAAUUGUUUUCUUUGAGAUGGUUAUUAUAUUACAGUCAAAAGUCAUUAAUCCGGACUCGUCGGGACUUCGGCGAUUCCGGAUUAUCGAUUUUUACGGAUUAUAGAUCAUCAGUUUAAAUCUCGUAAGAUGGCAUGCAGA